AUGGCCAAGAAGAAGGCAGCCUCGGCCGCCGCAGCAACCGCUCGGCCGUCGGAUGCGCCAGCAGCGGAUUCGCAGCAUCCUAGAGACACGGCGCGAGACACCGUGGAACUGGAAAACCUCAAGACGCUGAACCGGAUACUGGUCGGGAAGGCAAAUGAGCGGAAGAAGAAGUUGGACGAGAUAUCCGCGGAAAAUCAAUUUACUGGCGACCUCCAGCGCGGCAUCACCAGCCUUGUCGUCUCCUUCCGUCUUGCUGAGAUGGCUGACGAGAAGAAAGCAGCGGAGGGGAAGGCCAGAUCUACGGAGGAGGCUCUCGCUCGUGCUCGUUACGAGUUGAAACUGCUAGACGAAGAGAAGGGUGCGAUUAAGAAGGCGUUGGAUGAGUCAACCAAGGGGAGGGAAUCGGCCCUGGUUGAACUCGAGAAAAUGGAGCGUCGGGCAGAGGAAAGAGAGGCAGAGGUGCGGAAGGCGUCCGAGAUGCUUUUGUCCGAACUUGAGCAGAGAAAGGUUAACAUCCAAUCCUUGGAAGCGGAGAAGGCCGCCUUGUUAGUGAAGGUUACUUCAUUGGAGGAAGCUUUGAGGAACGAUAGUGACAAAUUACAGCUAGUUUUGAAAGAGAAGGGUGAGAUAGAAAAAGUUUUGAAGACUGCAAUCUUGGAGAAGGAUGCAUGCAAAAGGGAAUUUGAAGCGAUGUCUUUGGAACUUGAAACGACGACGAAGAAGAUGAAUCAUUUUACUGAAGAAUAUGUUGCUCUGAAAGAAAUGAUUGUGAAAAUUCACCAAGAAUACAAGGAAGAAAAGUUGAAUUUUAUCAAGGAGAUGGAAGCAUUGUCUGAAAGACUUCGUGGUAUUGAAUGUGAAAUUGACCAGGACAAAAUCGUGUUUGAGGCUUCAAUUUGUAGUUUGCAGAGUAAGGUUUUGGAGCAAGAAAAGAAAAAUUUAGAUCAGAAGUUGGCUUUAGCAGAUGCAGCUCUCACUCUCAGAGAGGCCAACGAACGUUUAGAGUUGGUUACCGAAGAACACAAUGAUGUCAAGAAGGCUAUGUAUCAGGCAGUAUCAGAGAGAGAUCUGAGCCAGAAGAAGCUUGCAGAGGAAGAGGACCUGAAAGUUAUGGCUACAAGGGAGACAGAGAGUUUGAGGAAGGAGUUUGACUCUAUUGUAAAGGACAAUGGAAAAUUGCAGCUUGCCAUUGAUAAUCAGAAAAAUGAAUAUGAAAAAGAGAUUGAUAGUUUGAGGGUUGCUGUCAAAAGGGUUGAAAAGGAGAAAGAGGCAAUCCAAGAAACAAGAACUAAGCAGGAUGCUGAAAUCUCUGAUUUGCAAAGAGAGGUUGCAGACCUUAUGUCUAAUGUGUCUGACCUGAAUGUUGCUAAUGAAGAAGUGAAGGGCCUGAGUUUGCAGAUAGAAGAGUUACAGAAGGAAAGGGACAAUGUGCAUGCAGAGCUUCAAAAAGCUAUGGCAUCAUUUGAGAGUUUUGUUGCAGAGAACGAAAGAAUUAAGAUAGAAAGUGAUGCUUUGGCUAGAGAAAAUGAAUCUUUGUCUAAAAACCUGAGUAGCAGCAUGCAAGUAAUCAAAGAGAUGGAUGAGAAGGCCAGAGCUGCAGAUGAAAGAUUGUCAAGGGUUGUGGCCAUGCUAAGGAGUACCUCAAAGAUCAUCAAUGGUACAGAAGAGGGCAAUGCGAACAAUGUUGGAAGAGAAGUUGUCACUGAACAUGAGUCAUGUGAGAAUAUCAAUGAUAUGGCAGGGGAAUUGGAAACCAUCAAGGCCGUUCUUGAGUGCAGAGCUUUAAAGAUAGAAGAAUUGAACAGUGAAAUCAAGGUUUUGCAUGGUUCCCUUGCAGAGGCUACUCCGAAGGAUGGAAUUUGGACUUGGGUUUAUCCUACUGUCUCUACUGUUGUAGCUGCUGCCUCCAUUGCCUAUGCAGUAAAGCGUUAG